AGAAGUUGCUUGAGAUGUUGCAGCCCUUCAGGCAUGGAAUUUCUGGAGGCAAUUUCCGACAAAGAGCCUUGACCAAGCCAACAGUUAUCAGCUCCCUGCUUGGACGUCCCUUCCUUCAGAGCUUACACAUAAAAGUUGGAGACAAAGCUGAACUUACCAAAGCUUUUACACAGAAUGAUGUUGUUACUUUUUCUGAUUUAACAGGUGACACAAAUCCUUUGCAUUUAAACGAAGAUUUUGCAGAGCAGUCUAGGUUUGGGAGAACGAUUGUACAUGGAGUUUUGAUCAAUGGACUAAUUUCUGCAGUUCUUGGUACCAAAAUGCCCGGUCAAGGUUGUGUAUUUCUCUCUCAGGAGAUCAGAUUUCCAGCUCCUUUGUAUACUGGUGAAGAAGUCAUAGCUGCAGCGGAAGUUAAACGACUGAAGGGUUCUAUUGCGCACAUUUCUGUAUCAUGUAAAGUCAGAGAAAGUGGGAAGACUGUUAUGGAAGGGAUGGUGAAAGUCAUGGUGUCAGACAGUUGAUCCUAUGCUACUUUAAUAUAAAGGCCAGAAACGUACGCUUGGUUUUGACUCUUUUUAUGUGACAUCACUUAAUCCAGUAAAUUUACAACAAAAGAAACCCUCAGUGUUUCAGAGACACUGCACAAACUUCAGCUUGAUAGAACUGCAUUAAACUUAGAGCUUUUCAUUUUUUCCCUGCAUACUGCCAAGAUGAAACCAACAGAACUAGGCACUCUGGGACAGAAGUGGCAUGUUCAGACGAGCCUUUGCUCUGCUACAGGGGGAAGUCUGCAGUGGUGGGGACUAUAUCGAGGCUGUUCUUCUCAGCAAAAUCACGGUCCACAGUAGCUAUGUUCAGUUCCAACUUGUUCGCUCUUUACAGAGUCGUUCUGUUGCUAACAAGCACUGGUGGGAAGGGACGAUGCCGUGUGUUUAACAAGCGGAACCGAAGUGGAGGUGUUGACACGCGUAUACAGCAAAGUCUGUUGUAAUCUCCACGGCAGCUCUAGCUGAUGUUGGCGCAGUGUGCUCCUUUGCAAUGUUUUAACUAUAAAGCCUUACUUAGCUCUGCAAAUAAGUAGCGGUCAGCCUUCGCAUGAACAAUAUAUUCUGCCUGAUACAGCUGGAGAGGUGUUGCUCGUAAUACUUUCAAAUUCUUGAGAUGCCUUACAAAACCUGAUUAUAAACAC